AUGGCACCUCUCCACAACGCCCGCUCAUCGCAGACCCUGCAGCUCUCCAAGUCUCCUGUCAUCAACAGGGAGGAGCAGGAGGAGAAUCAGGCAGCAGACAUGAUCGCCAAGGUGCCUGCUGCAGCACCAAAGAAAAACGGAGCUGCUAAGAAGACCUCCACUAGCAGCACAGGGAGCAAGAAGCGCAAGGCUCCCCCCACCACCAGCACACAGCAAGAGGAGGAGGAGCAGCAGCAGCCUCAGCCGAAGAGGCAGAAGAAGCAGCCUCAGCCGAAGAGGCAGAAGAAGCAGCCUCAGCCAAAGAGGCAGAAGAAGGAGGCGAAGGCGAAACCCAGGUCCCCCCUCCUCACGCCCUCGUCUGCUUCUGCUCCUGAAACCUUCUCGGGGCGGUCAUGCUCCCCGGAGGUGCCUCGUCCUGAGCCCGCCAAGUCCAAAGAUCAGGAGCCAAGCGUUGGCGGCAGUUCUGUCCCGGUCAAGCCGGAGAGUAGCGACGACACUCCCUCUGAACUCGAGUACCCUACUGGCCUCUUGUGGUACCGGAAGACGCUCCAGAGCAGAAGAACCUCGAGGCGCGAGGCGAAAAUUCAGAAGUGGCUGCCGUUGGCAAACCAGCUGAUGGCUGCCCAUGUCGAGAAGCUCGCAGAGUUAAGAGGGGAACGCGAGGCUGCUGCUGCUGCUACCGCGCCAAUGGAAAGCUGCGAGAGCAGGGAGCAGGAAGAAGUAGAAGAAGCUGCUGCUGCUGGUGCUGGUGCUGGUGCCGAAAGACUAGCCUGUUGCCCUCACCGCGAGGUAGAACCGAGCGACGAGGACGAUAGUGACGACGAUGACGACAGCGACAGCGAUGACGAAGACGACUGGUGGCAUGGAAAAGACUUGGGAUGGUCGAGAGAUGAAGGGAUGGAAUAUCGGGAUAGACAACCUGUAUAUGGGAAUGGAUACUAG